CAAAAUAGUUUUCCGGGUGAAAGCCGAAGCCCCUUUAAUUGGAGCUUUAAAGCGGCGGCCGCCUUGGGAGUCGUUAACGUUUAGUGAGACAUAAUGGGAGCUAGGUUUGGCCAGAGCGCGGGAGGUUAGGCACUCGCACUCGGCUGUGAGGGGCUUGUGCCCUCUCGUCUGGCGGGGGGCUCGGAAAGUUUACAGGCAGGCCCGGCCCGGCCCGGCCCGGCCGCAGCGACAGAGCGCCGGGCUCCCGCCGCCGCACCAUCACCACUAUCACUCAUGGUACCGUGCCCUUAUUUUGCGCCCACCCUCUUUAUUGCCAUUAUCACAUCGGAGGUGCACGAACCUCGCGAUAGUCUUUGCAGGAACGAUGCGUGACGCUUAACUGAUGCGAAGGUGACGGGGCUACUUGAAGACGCACCGCAGAGUAGCUUGAUGAGUGUCCAAAGUAACAGUGGAAGUUUGGAGGGGACGCCAUCUUGGUCCCAGUUCUCCACGUCCCCAACGCCGGGAGCUUUGCAGACUAACACGGCACCUGUAAAGGCUAAAGAAGGCAGUCCCCGGGUUACGAACAAGUUCCGUCCUGAGUCCGUCUUUAAGUCGAAUUUGUACGGACGGUCACAAAACAGAGAACAACCAUGGAACCAACUCAGAAGGCAUAUUUCAAUACAGUACAGUAAAGGUGUUGGUGCUGCAAUGGAAGAGCUUCAUAGCCUUGAUCCUCGACGGCAAGAAUUGCUGGAGGCAAGGUUUACGGGAGGUGUGAGUACUGGGAGUGGAAGUGGAAGCACAGGAGCUAAAGUUUUAACAAAUAAUGAAUCUUCUAACCAUAGUUUUGGAAGUCUUGGAUCAUUAAGUGACAAAGAGUCAGAGGUUAGCAGUGAUAUUUGCAUCUUCACUUGCCACAGGAGAUUGGAUGGUGGCAAAUAUUAUUCCUCUGCUCAGGAAAGGGAAAAGACCCCAGAAAAAAAGCCAUCAGAUUCUGCAAGAGGAAGGAAGCGGAAGGCAGACAGCCAGAGUGAUAAUAGUCAAGGUAAAACCAAUGCAAGAGGACAUAAAAUCAGUGACUAUUUUGAUUAUACAGGAGGCAAUGGUACCAGUCCAGUAAGAGGUGUGCCACCUUCAAUUCGAUCUCCUCAGAAUUCCUUCUCUCACUCUGCCACUUCAUCUAUUCGGCAGAAUAGUCCAUCUCCAACUGCAUUAGCAUUUGCGGAUCUCUCUGCUUUACAGCCAAAGUUAAUUUCUGUCUCCUGCAAGACUACUCAGACUGAACUUACCUUGGGAAAACUAGCUGCACUGGAAAGUAAUAAGAAUCUAGACCUUGAGAAGAAGGAAGGUAGAAUAGAUGACUUGCUACGAGCCAAUUGUGAUCUAAGGAGGCAGAUAGAUGAACAGCAAAAGCUCCUUGAAAAAUACAAAGAACGGUUAAAUAAGUGUAUGACGAUGAGCAAAAAAUUACUGAUUGAAAAAAGUAAACAAGAAAAGCAAUCCAGCAGAGAGAAGAGUAUGCAAGACAGACUACGUCUGGGGCAUUUCACUACUGUCCGACAUGGUGCUUCAUUCACUGAGCAAUGGACUGAUGGCUAUGCUUUUCAGAAUCUCGUAAAACAACAAGAGUGGAUAAAUCAACAAAGAGAAGAUAUAGAAAGACAACGGAAAUUGUUAGCAAAGAGAAAGCCUCCACCAACUCAAAAUUUGCAGACCCCUUCCGCAAAUUCUGAGAUAAAACAACGCAAAGCAAAAGCUGUAAAUGGAGCAGAAAAUGAUCCAUUUGUUAGACCAAAUCUACCACAGUUGUUGACAGUAGCAGAAUACCACGAACAGGAAGAGAUCUUCAAACUUAGGUUGGGACAUCUUAAGAAGGAAGAAGCUGAGAUUCAAGCUGAGCUUGAAAGACUGGAGAGAGUCAGAAAUUUGCACAUACGUGAACUUAAACGAAUAAACAAUGAAGACAGUUCACAAUUCAAAGAUCACCCCACAUUGAAUGAUAGAUAUUUAUUGCUACAUCUACUUGGACGAGGAGGCUUCAGUGAAGUAUAUAAGGCCUUUGAUUUAAUUGAGCAGAGGUACGCAGCAGUGAAAAUCCAUCAACUGAACAAAAACUGGAGGGAAGAAAAGAAAGAAAAUUACCACAAGCAUGCAUGUAGAGAAUACAGAAUACACAAAGAACUGGAUCAUCCCAGAAUAGUAAAAUUGUAUGACUAUUUCUCCCUGGAUACAGAUACAUUUUGUACUGUUUUAGAAUAUUGUGAAGGAAAUGACUUGGAUUUCUAUCUGAAGCAACAUAAACUGAUGUCUGAGAAGGAAGCACGAUCCAUUGUAAUGCAGAUAGCAAAUGCAUUGCGAUACCUAAAUGAGAUCAAGCCUCCCAUUAUACACUAUGAUCUAAAGCCUGGUAAUAUCCUUCUGGUCGAUGGAACUGCAUGUGGAGAAAUAAAAAUAACUGAUUUUGGGUUAUCAAAGAUUAUGGAUGAUGACAAUUAUAAUGCUGUAGAUGGAAUGGAUCUUACAUCUCAAGGAGCGGGGACUUACUGGUACUUGCCUCCUGAGUGUUUUGUUGUAGGAAAAGAACCACCCAAAAUUUCUAACAAAGUGGAUGUCUGGUCUGUUGGAGUUAUCUUCUUCCAGUGUCUGUAUGGUCGGAAGCCCUUUGGCCACAACCAGUCACAACAGGACAUCUUACAAGAGAAUACAAUAUUAAAAGCAACUGAAGUCCAAUUUCCUGUUAAACCAGUUGUUAGCAAUGAAGCAAAGGCUUUCAUUAGACGUUGUUUAGCAUAUCGCAAAGAAGAUCGCUUUGAUGUGCAUCUGCUGGCUAAUGAUACUUACCUUCUCCCUCAUAUGCGACGGUCAAAUUCUUCGGGAAAUCUACAUAUGCCUGGGCCAGCCACAAUACCAGUUUCACCAAUGUCAAACAUAGUUUCUUAUUAAGACUGAUAGUUAUAUUGACAGAUCUUGUUAAACUUUCCAUAUUAAUUCACAGCUGGAGAUGGGAUGACUUGAAAUAAUUUCUUCUUGGGAGGGAGAAUUGGAAGGAAAAAGCAGAGGCUGUGAAAGGAUUAGGGUAUUCCAAUUUUUAAAUUCUUUGCUUUUGAUUUAUUUCAAAUAGAAUUGAACCAUGAAUAACAGUGAACUGCAGAUAUUAGCCAGAGUACUGCACACUGUAAAACUUAUGCAGUUAGGAGCUGAAAACUGUUCAUCCACAUUUUUUGGGAACACUGUAUAUAGUCUGUUUGGAAGUCACAUUGGGACUUCUGUUUUUUUGUUUAAAAUGAGGCCAGAAAAAUGAUUUUAGCACACAAAUACAACAGCCCAUCCAAAUAAAAUUGUGAAGAGAAAUUGAGUAGCUCUUAUGAACCUGUAAAUGCACAUAAAUAUUUACAUAUUGAAGCUACAAUAAGCAGCUGAUGUAUUUAUAGGUCAAAUUGUAGAAUGUACUGUGCAAGAUAAUAGUAAAAUAGCAUUGUUUUAUAUUGUUGUAAAUGAUUUCAUUAUAUUUACCUUGUUCUUAAGUAACAGCAGUUUGAUUUUGUAAAGGCUGUAUAAAAAUUUGGCGUUUUGUUUUUGCUUUCUUAAUCAGAUCCUGAAUUCCAAUAAUGGAUUUUCCCAUUGCUACAACGUAGCAUUGGUGUUUUAUUACAACAUGGCCUUCAUACAUUAGCAACAAAAGUCAGAUCUGUAAAGGCUUAAUUUUGUAUUUAAUAAGAUUGUCUUAAACAAAUUUUGUAAUAUUGAGGGAUAGGCCAUUUUAUUGAUUAGCCUUGAUUGCUUGGCAUUAUUCGAGUGAUCUUCAACUAUUGGAGAAGAAAAACAAAUUGAAAUGCAGGACAAAUUGUGACAUGUUUGCAGGAUUAUUGGUUUCUUCUCUGUGUAGGCAUAAAUGGUGUGAAACAUUAAAUUUUGAACAGUUGCCUGUGCUGUACAAAUUACAACCAUUUUCAGAAAUGCAAAAUCUUAAUUGUUAGUACAGUUUACUGCUUGUUUUUACAUCCAUGCAAAUAGAAUGCCUGUGUGUAAUUUAUACACUGAAACGAAAAAAGGUUUAUCUGGGCUUGUUAAUGUUGUAUAAUUAAGCUGUUGCCUGUGUUCCUGGUGUUAAAAGCUGCAUUGUUUUCACUGUAAAUAAAAUGUUUAACUGUUGACUUAAGAAUGUGCUGCUGAUACUGUAGAGCGUGCAGCCAAACCCAGUAAUAAAACUACAAAAUUCUAUUUCAUUCA